UCCCACGAAAUCGUCUUGUUUUGGCCUCUCGAUAAAGAAAAGACUAAAUAAAUAUAAGCCGUCCACUUUCCCCGAGAAGAUUUAAUUAAUCCAAAGCGCUGUGACCAGUCCAAACGUAACAGCCAUUCUUAGUCAUACACCUGUAAGUUUGUCAUAGUUUCUCGUGUGACGGGUCGUUAAGUUAUCAAAUAAUAUAAACUAACGUCGGACCUCCGUCAGAAAAAAAAUUAUUUUUUGUUCUCAGCCGACCGACCGACUCAGAAAAAUUCAAUGAAGCAUUAGAAGAAGAUAAAAAGACUUUUCCUGUGAAUUCUUCAUCUCCGGCAACUUAAAACGUGUCUAGCAAAAUGAGCCGACCACAAGAUCUACCACGACGUUUUUUCCCAUUUGGAAAUCCCUUUCGGAUGUUAUCACCAAAGGGCUCAGAUUUAUCCCCAUGGCUGCUUUCUCUAUUGAGCGACUUUGAGCUACUUUUGGAAGAGAGACUAAAGAAACUUAUGCCUAAGAAUAAAGAUGAUAUCCUCACUUUAUCCUGGAUGAAGCUAGCUAUGGACUCACUCUGCGAGACUCAUAACAACAUAAACACUCUCAUCACUGAGCUCCAGCUUCCUGUCUCUGAUUGGGAAGAGAAAUGGGUUGAUGUUUACCUCAACAUCAGUGUUAAGCUGCUAGAUCUCUGCAAUGCCUUUAGCUCAGAGCUCACACGUCUCAACCAAGGAGAUCUCUUCCUCAAGUGUGUUCUGCACAAUUUACAGUCGGAUUCCGGAGAGAAAUAUCUUCAGGCUCGAUCUUCGCUUGAUAGCUGGAGGCAACAUGUUAAUGCAAACAACCCUAGAAUUGAAAACUGCCGUGCAGUUCUUGACAGUCUUGUUAAAUCUCUGAGUCUGCCUAAAGUCAAGAACUCGCCUAAAGGAAAAGUUCUUAUGCGAGCUUUUUAUGGUGUGAAGGUUCAAACGGUUUAUAUCUGCAGUGUAUUUACCGCGGCCUGGUCUGACUCCACCAAGGAUCUUUUUGAUUUACCUGUCUCUGAAAAGCCUUCGUGGUCAAAGGUCUUUACCGAAAUGCGGAGUGUUGUAAAUGAUGAGAUCAGAGACAUGUUAUCUUCUGGUAGAACCACGAUUCUCAAAGAGCUGGAGAGCGUUGAUGCUAGUGUCGAGAAGCUAUACCCGAUGAUCCAAGAUGGUGUUGAUCCUGUCGAAGAUGAAUGCUUCAGAGAUUAUGUUAUGGAAUUGGGGACACAAGCUGAGAAAUUGUCUCAAGGGUUGGAUCAGUUAUUGGAGGAAGUUGAUAGUUUCUUUAAACUGACUUUGAGCGGGCGCGAUGUGUUGCUCUGUAAUCUUAGGUCAAGUGACUCAAUCUCUGGCGAUGCAGUUGGAGAAGAUGUAGACUAAUACAGUUAGGUAAACAAAUAAGUUUUAACCCCUACUAAAGGCAGCUUUAGGUCAAUGAAAAGUGUUUUCUAUUUUUGUUUGUUCGAGUCCAUCUGUUAAGCUUGUCUCUUCGAUUUGUGUUGGUCGUGUCUGUAUGACUGUAUUGAAAUCAUUCUGCAGUAUAAUAUAAAUAUAAUACACCUGUUUGGCUUGAAAAAA